GUCUGUGUAACUUGACACUCGGUGGCUGUUCUGCUGCACCGGCUUCUCUCCUGGCCAAGCUAUUUCCUAUAAUUUAUCCGUUGCAUAUUUUGUGCCACCGUGAGUCGGGGGUCAGCGGAGCCGUUUACGCACUCUUUACGCGCGGCUGAUAUGUAUGGAACGGUGGAGAUGUGUUUCCUGGACUCACCUCAUUGAUGGUCGUGAGCUUCCAUCACAGGCCCCAAUCUGUGGUUCCUGGAGCUUCAGUUCCUCUUGUGACUAUGGGACGCUGAGAUGUAGUUUCGCAUCACGGGUGGGUUUUUUCAACAAGGUCGAGACGGUGACUUGAAAAAAAUGAAGAUUUGGAGCACGGAGCAUGUUUUCAGUUACCCCUGGGAGACGGUGAUCAAGGCUGCCAUGAGGAAGUACCCGAACCCCAUGAACCCCAACGUGGUCGGGGUGGAUGUGUUGGAUCGCAGUCUGGACGCAGAAGGACGCCUUCACAGCCACAGACUCCUCAGCACAGAAUGGGGCCUGCCGGGCAUCGUACGAGCGAUACUGGGAACCAACCAUACGCAGACCUAUGUAAAGGAGCAUUCAAUAGUCGACCCAGAGGAGAAAAAGAUGGAGUUGUGUUCAACAAAUAUUACACUAACCAACCUCAUAUCAGUGGAUGAGAGGCUUCUUUACAGACCACACCCAGAAAACCCCGACGUCACUGUGUUGACCCAGGAAGCCAUCAUCACAGUGAAGGGAGUCAGUCUGAGCAGCUACCUGGAGGGGAUGAUGGCCAGAAGAAUGUCAGCCAACGCCAGGAAGGGUUGGGAUGCUAUUGAGUGGAUUAUUCAGAACUCUGAAAGAGAGAACGUACCUCUCUGUGAUAUUUACUAAUGCUGGACUCCGAGUCUGCUGCGAUGACUUCUUACCUUGGCUCACACCUCAUAAAAGAUUGAGGAUCCUCAGCAUCUCCGGAUCCUCUGCAAGUGGUACUUAAAUCGUCUGGGAGGUUUUGUGAAUUUUCACCCCACAUGGCCUCUCACAUCUCUGGAGUUUCUGGAAGAACGGGAAACUUUUGCCAAAGCUAAAUGGUUAGCGAAGCAGUAAGAUUCAGUGUUUGUGGUGUCAAGUCUGGGAGAUGUGGCUCACCGGUAAUUCAUUAACCCAUUUACUGUUUGAAUAAGGUGCAAGCAAAACAAAGAGCUGCAUCAACUUUACAAGCCUGCACAGGUUUGAAUAUUACAUUACUACCCUACAUUUACUUCCUGUCAUAUCUUCAGUUUAGAUUCUUGAUGCAGAUGGAAAAGAAGGAUGCACAGACUUUGGUACGCUGCAAUGUUAUUAAUAUGCAACAACCUUUAUUUGAACUGAUGUAGUUCUUCUGUAAGGUCAAACACUGGAGACUCCUAUAGUAGGAGAAAGUUCAAGUUCAAAAGAUGCUACUGGUGCUUAUUAUUUAUUACAAUGGGCACAAACUGUAGAUGUUAUGUUUGCAUGAUACUAGUAAAAAGGGAGGGGAUAGUUAAAGAAAAAAACUGAUAUAAAGUCAAAGAAAUCAUAUUGUCUAUUUUAAAUAAGAUGGGAAUGUACCAUUAUCAUUGCCUUCUUUUUCCAUUCUAAGGCAUCAAUACACUGGCAGCUUUUUGAUGUAACUCUGAAGGGCAGUUUUGCCUUAAAACCAGCAGAUUAGUAGGUUUUAAUAAGAUGAGGAUGAGAAUAUGCAUUGGCUUUCUUAAUAUGGCCUUAAAAUGAUGCCUGUGUAUUGUUGCUUUGACGGCUGUGUCGCACACAUCAUUGCUUCCAACUGUUCCAUAGAAGCUACCUACGUAUCCCUGAAGAGCAGGGCAGUACUGUAUGUGCAAUGCGGCAGUGGGAGACGCACACCUUUACUGUGUUAAACAAUAUUUCUGGGUGAAAUUAAUAUUUGUAUAAAUAAUAUUUAUUUUAAAAAAAACAUUGCAUUGAAAGAAGUAAAUUAUGACAUUGCUUUUAUUACAUGUGUGUUGUGUAAAAAUGAGUUUUCCAUUUGCUUCUUUAAAUUUUGUUUUAACGUCGGCUGUUGUCCUCCUACAACAAUUAAAGCAACUGUUUGAGAACAAAUCUCUCUGAA